UUCAAAGUUAGAACAAUCGGGAUCCUAUUCACCAUUUGGCUGCACGAGCAAGCUAGAAGCAACUUGGAGAAGACGGGCAUAAACGGGAAGAUAUUGACUGUGGUCUCUGAGAAUGAGUCGAGCCUGAUGGCGUGACAUCCAUUAAGUGACUUCAGCUUAUUUAGAAGAAACUUUGAGUCAGCUUGGUCGGUCUCGAUGCGAACGCAGGUUUGAUGGCGAAACAGGCGUAGGUUGAUCUCCACGGCUAUAGUUGACCGACAAUGUCAGCUUAUGAACAUUAGCUUGAGCAACCGGUCCUCAACGCGGUCAGCUAUUAUGCAUAUAUUAUGACGAGCACGGCGUUCGAAGACCGCACUAACUUGAGGAACAACAUGUACACCCAUCACGGCGACUACUGUCCUAUCCUUGCAUGACACACUGACACUGCCCCUCUCCAACUGCUAUAUAACAAAAUAUAUAUGACGGGAUAUUGAACCAUGAUCCUACCUUCCCUCUCCACUCUCCUGUUCUCUCUCGCUGCUUUAUCUACGGCUGUAUCAUCUGUCAGUGCUGUAGAAUGUGCUGAAGCUAGUCGUUUUGGACGACUGGAGGUCGUCCCAUCCACGGUUGCCCCAGGCCAAGCAUUCGACGUUCAUGCCAACCUCACCUGCGCCAUUUACUUCGAAAUCAUCCCAACGUACCUCGAUUACUAUGUCGAGGUCUUAACCGACAACAAUGGGCACGAACCAUCCAUUUAUCUCGGGCGUCGCGACUACACUUACAAUCCACUCUCGCCGGUUGACACCUUUACUACUAGUCUCCCAUACGGCUACUAUUUCAAUGGCUCCCAGUACUCUGUGGUCUUGGAUAUGAUCUACCCCAUCAAUGGUACAGAUGGAAGCACGGUCAACAUUGUUGGGGGUACCCAAGCACUUCUCAACGUCACGCUCUCCUCUUAAACCCUGGGUUUUGUUCGUGUUAUGUCUCUGGUGGUUGCAGUCGAAUGAAUAGGAUGAUAUUAUAUUGUUGUCCUGUUUUAUGGUCGAUAGAUACUGGUACAUUUGAUCUUAGUGCUGGUAUUACUUCUUGUUAUUAUAAGAGAUGGUUCAAUGAACCAUCUGUUUGUGAGAUUAAAUUUACUACAACGG